AUGGAGGCGCCGCCCGCCGACCGCGUUCCCGCCGAGGGCACCCCGCCGGCGGCCGUGGCGGAGGUGCGCUGCCCGGGCCCCGGACCGCUACGCCUGCUGGAGUGGAGGGUGGCGGUGGGCGCGACCGUGCGCAUCGGCUCGGUUUUGGCCGUGUGCGAGGCCGCCUCCUCCACGCCGCCCGCCGGGCCCGCCCCUGCCCGCUCCGGCUCCGGGGGCUGCGUGCGCGCCGAGCGCAGGCUGAGGUCGGAGCGCGCCGGCGUGGUGCGGGAGCUGUGCGCGCAGCCGGGCCAGGUGGUGGCUCCCGGGGCGGUCCUGGUGCGAGUGGAAGGAUGCAGCCACCCGGUCGUCAUGAAAGGCUUGUGUGCGGAAUGUGGCCAGGACCUGACCCAGCCGCAGAGCAGGAACGGGCGGCAGCAGGUGCCUCUGUCCACGGCCACCGUGUCAAUGGUGCACAGCGUCCCCGAGCUGAUGGUGAGCUCCGAGCAAGCUGAGCAGCUCGGGAGGGAAGACCAGCAGCGGCUGCACCGGAACAGGAAGCUAGUGCUCAUGGUCGACCUGGACCAGACCCUCAUCCACACCACCGAGCAGCACUGCCAGCAGAUGUCCAACAAGGGCGUCCUGCACUUCCAGCUGGGCCGGGGCGAGCCGAUGCUGCACACACGCCUGCGCCCGCACUGCAGGGAGUUCCUGGAGAAGGUCGCCAGGCUGUACGAGCUGCACGUCUUCACCUUCGGCAGCCGGCUGUACGCCCACACCAUCGCAGGCUUUUUGGACCCGGAGAAGAAGCUCUUUUCUCACAGGAUAUUGUCAAGGGACGAGUGCAUCGACCCGUUUUCUAAAACGGGGAACCUCAGAAACCUCUUCCCCUGCGGAGACUCGAUGGUGUGCAUCAUCGAUGACCGAGAGGACGUCUGGAAGUUCGCCCCCAACCUGAUCACUGUGAAGAAGUAUGUCUACUUCCAGGGCACGGGGGACAUCCACGCCCCGCCCGGGUCCCGGGAGCCUCCGGCGAGGAAGAAAGCGAGUCACCCCUCCAAAGGCGCCGACGCUGCCGAACGCGCCCCAUCCGUCAAGGACCCCGAGGAGGGAAGGCAGGUUCCGGGGGUCGAGCAGAGCAACGGCCUUGGGAAGCCCACCAGGGAGGUCAACGGGGACUGGGCCCCGCCCGGCCCGGCAGAGGAGAGGGGCGCCCGGCCUGCUGCCCGCACCCCCCCAGCCGACGAUCGGGGGCCCCCCACGUGCGCUCAGCAGCAGCAGCAGCAGCAGGGUCGGACCUCGGCAGGACGGCGGCCCUCUCAGGGCCCGGCGGGCAGGGACCUGGACUUCGACCUGUCCAGCGACAGCGAGAGCAGCAGCGAGUCUGAGGGCCAGUCCUCGGCCGCCUCCGACGGCGAGAGCGGGGAGCGGCGGGGCCGGAGGAAGCCCAGGGCUGCGCGGGACGCGGGGGGGGCCGGGCAGCAGGGCGCGCCCGCCGGCCCUGGAGCGGAGAGGCCCGCGGGGGCCAACCACUGCGCGGAGCCCGCGCCCGGCGUCCAGCCGGACCUGCAGGAGGAGGGCGAGCGGGAUGGCCUCUGCGGGCUGGCGGGCGGCGCCGCGGACCGGAAGGAGGCGGAGACCGAGUCCCAGAACAGCGAGCAGUCGGGCAUCACGGCGGGCGAGUCCCUGGACCAGAGCGUGGAGGAGGAGGAGGACGAGGACGAGGACGACGACGACCACCUGGUGCACCUGGAGGAGAUCCUCGCCCGCGUGCACUCCGACUACUACGCCAGGUACGACCGCUUCCUGCGCGGGGAGGCCCGGGAGGCCCCCGACAUCCGGAAGAUCGUCCCCGAGCUCAAGAGCCGGGUGCUGGCGGACGUGGCCAUCAUCUUCAGCGGCCUGCACCCCACCAACUUCCCGGUGGAGAAGACGCGCGAGCACUACCACGCCACGGCCCUCGGGGCCAGGAUCCUCACCCAGCUGGUGCUGGACCCCGACGCCCCGGACAGGGCCACCCACCUGAUCGCCGCGCGGGCGGGCACGGAGAAGGUGCGGCAGGCGCAGGCGUGCGGGCGGCUGCACGUGGUGAACCCCGACUGGCUGUGGAGCUGCCUGGAGCGGUGGGACAGGGUGGAGGAGCAGCUCUUCCCGCUGAGCGAGGACUACGGCAAGGCGCCCAGGGAGGAUGGCCCUGCGGCCUUUCCCGACAGGCAGGGCGCGCUCCCGGCGGCCCUGUUCCACCCGACGCCCGUGCACCCCCGGGCCCAGCCCGGCCCUGACGUGCGGAUCUACGACGCCAGCACGGGCAAGCUCAUCCGGAAGGGUGCUGGCCCCGGGCCGCCCAGCCCCCUGCAGGUCCACGCGGAGCGCUCCCCCUUCAGAGCUGUGCAGCCGCACCGGCCGCCGAUGUUUGGGGAGGAGCCGCCCGACGCCCCCGACACAGAGCAGCCGGGCCCCUGUCGGAGGCAGCGGCAGCCCAGCCUGUCGGAGACGAUGCCGCUGUACACGCUGUGCAGGGAGGACCUGGAGAGCAUGGACCGCGAGGUGGACGACAUCCUGGGGGAGGGGAGCGACGACAGCGACAGCGAGAGGAGGAAGCCGGACGAGGAGCCGGAGCCGGAGGAGGAGCCGGAGCCGGAGCCGGAGCCGGAGGGGCAGCCUCCGCCCUGCGAGCCCCCGGCCCCCGCGGCCCAGAGCAGGCCCGCGCAGGAGUCCCCGCCGCCCGGCGAGAGGGGUGACAGGGGCCUGGCGGACGGCCGGGCGCCCAGGGGCCGCAAGAGGAAGCUGAGCGAGGAGGACGCGGCCAGCGAGUCCAGCGGGGCGUCCAGCUGCGAGGAUGAGGAGGGCAGCAGCUCGGAGGCCGACGAGAUGGCCGCGGCGCUGGAGGCGGAGCUCGACCUCAUGUGACCUGCACGGCCCGCGGGGCGCCCAGACCUCGGCGGCCCACGCCGCCCCUUGCGGGGGCUUCCUUCUCUCCAGAGAGAUGUGUAUAUUUUGCAAAGCUCCUCGUACAGAAACACGUUAUUUUGCAGAAAUGGGUGUUUUGAGACGUUUUACUACCGGGAAGCGUGGGCCACGCCAGGGGUCUCGCGGAGUCGGCCGCGCGGGGCUGGGCCGUGGCUGCCGCUGCGGAGUGAGGGGCUCGGGGUGUUUGCCAUCCAACGCCACGGCGCCCGCUCGCUGCAGACGUGGCGAGAACCGCGCGCCCUGAGCCCUGUCCUGGGGGCCCCGCGGCCUCCUGCACCCUCGGCGCUCGUUUCUGGGCGGCGCCGGGCCCCUGGCGCCCAACCGGCCACCUGCUGCCGCUCCUCGGACCCGAUGUAAAGUUUUGUAUAUUUCAUAUCCGCCC